UGAUCAGAGAAUAUAUAUAUAAAUAUAGCUGAAUAUAUAGCCACAAAAUAAUAAUUUGACAUUACUGUUUUCAAGUGUUUUGCGUCAACUGUUAUGCUAAAUAUUAUUACAUAAAUUUAGCGAAAUAAUUAAGUUCAAGCAAGUUAAACAAAGUAUGGAUGUGUGUGAGAUGCAAAGCGAAAGUGAGGAAGGAGAAAUUAUAUCAGACUUUGAAGAAGAUUUUACAGAAGAUUGUAAUUUACCCCAUGUGUUAGCAUUUGUAUAUAAACUGCGUAACCAUAUUAAAAGACAGCGGAAGAAAAUUAAUAAACUACGCAAUAAACUCAAUGGACAAAAACAUCAAAACUUACUUUCUGUAAAAACAUAUGUACAUUGUGCGACUCAAACAGAUUUUGAUAAAUCAAUACUUAAUCCUGAUAAAUCAUUAUCGCAAGAUUGGAAUAUUAACAAUGAUGUUAAAUCAUCUAGUAUAGUAGAUCAAGUAAAGCAAGUAGCAGAAUCAGCCUUAUUACAGAAUGGUUUUGUUUAUGAGGAAACAUCAGGAAUGUAUUAUGAUUACAAUACUGGAUAUUAUUAUGAUACGAGCCAAGGUCUGUAUUAUGAUGGAAAUACUGGGACAUAUUACUACUAUGAUGAAGCUAGUAAUACGUACCAAUUUCACAGUCAAGUACAAAUUUGUGAAAAUAAAGUUAUUAAUAUGCAACCUCCUGUUUCUCCAAAAAAAGAAGAACAAAAGACUGGAAAAACACAUAAGGAUGAUGUAAAAAAACGAAAAAUUACAAAUGAAGAAGAAACAUCCGAAGAGCCUGAAGAGGGUGAAUGUUCAGAAAGCGAGAAUGAUGAUCUUUCUGAUGAAAUUACUUCCGAUAUAUCUACUAAUAGUGAAAAUGACUAUGAAGAAGAAACAGAUUUAGCGAAAAACUACCCACCAUGUAUGAGGAUUAUUGUUAAGGAAACAGAUUUGCCAAAAUUAAUGGGUUCUCUUUUUGUCGUGACAUAUACAGGAGGUUCAUUAGGUCGAGAAGGAGAUCAUUCAGUACUAAUAUCGGAUAUAAAUGUUAGCAAGCAUCACGCACGUUUCAUAUAUGAUGAAACCAAGAAACAGUAUCAUAUAAUAGAUUCUGGUUCGAGAAAUGGUACAUUUUUAAAUGGCAAGAGAUUGUCAGUAGCUAAGCAGGAAUCCGAAGCUCAUGAAAUAACGCAUGCCUCAGUUAAAAUUGGCGGAACGAAACUAUUAUGUCACAUUCAUAACGGAAACGAAACGUGCGGUCAUUGCGAGCCGGGUCUUGUGCAACAAAAUAUCAAUGUCGACGAAAAUAAAAUUCCCAUGAAGAAACAGCAUAAAGAAGAAUUACGACGUCUGAAACAUAUGUUUGGAUGUGCAAAGGAUAAUGUGUCUAAUAGUGAAUUAGCUCCGGGUUAUCAAGACCGAGCGCAAGCCAGGAGACAGCAUGUAGGUUCUUCGCAUCCUUGUGAUAAAACAAAACAGAGUUCUGUUCAUACAUCGAUUGCAAAGGAUAACAAAGGAUUCCAAAUGCUUUCAAAAAUGGGCUGGUCCGAAGGUCAUUCUUUAGGCAAAGAAGGCGACGGAAUAACGGAACCCGUACCUAUCACUGGCAAUUACAACAAAGCGGGAAUUGGAUCGAGUGAAGUGAAUCUUCCUAAUAUCGAGCUAGAUUCUAACGUGGAAAAAAAGCAGGUAGUGUGGCGAAAGACUCAAGAACGUUAUAAAGAAAUAUCGGAUUGAUUUUUUAAUGAAUAUCUAUUAACUCAAAAUACUCAUUAUUUGUAUAUAAUGGCCUACUAGUCAUCUACAAUAUAAGAAAUUUAAAUAGUUUGAUACACAAAUUAUUAAUAUUUAUGAUUAUUAUAUUCCAAAUCAUAUCGGAAUAUCCUUUAAAAUCUUUAUGAAAAUUAUAUUUACGACUUUACAAAAGAAUUCAGAAUCGUGUAAUGCAAUUGCUCAAUAUAUGUGAAUUUAAGCAAUUAUUGUUGAGAAAGGUUCAUUAUUAUAGUUGUUUU